AUGGCAACUUUGCAAAUGCUGCCUAACAUAUGGGUGGAUAUUCAACAUUUGAGUUAUCCACGACAUCCUCUAAAUCUCAUCCUUGCAGAAUCAUUGUACACCUGUAGCGGGUGUAAAAAAUAUGGAGCUGGAAUCGGAUAUAGGUUUGGCUUUAUGAUUUCUUUAUGCACCACUUGGGUAUAUUACUGCAUUCCCUGCCAAUUCUAUCUCCAUGAUCUCUAUGCAAAAGGUGUCAUAAAUGGCCUCUAG